UUUUUUGUCUAUGGUUAGAUAUGGUCGAUCAAAACGAAUGUUAGUGUUUCUUUGUGUACUUCUAAAAAUUCUGAUAAGAAAUCGCUCUUAUUUGGUUCAAUUAGUGUAACUAACUGUGGUUCAACCGUGUUAAUACAUUUUGUGACGAUGUCUUCCAUGGAUUUUGAUCUUUAACCCUGAAUUCGAAGUGAUUGUACUUUUGUAGGACAACAAGUGAAGUGAAGCGCUCCUUGUGUAGAAGCCACUUAUACAAGCUAAAAAUAAAUUUUGCUGUCGUCCAUAACAAUUUGUAAAAUAAAACUUUUUCUCUUAUUUGUGAUGUUCCCGCAUUCCAUCAGCGUGAACGAAGAACAGAAGACGAAUCUGAUACCGAAACUUCUUCACUCGAAAAGAAAAGGAAUAUUUAUACCCAUGUACAGAAGUAGUGCCCUUUGCUGCACAAAUUCAAUAUUACUUUUGACAGCAACAAAUUUGAGCGGGUAAAUUUUUAAAAGCUAUAACUAGGAAGAUGAAACUUCUUGAGAGUGGCCGUUUGGAAGCUCUAAGCAGAGCUCUAUCAAUAUUGAACGGUGACAGUGUUGUGCAGGGACGAGUGGAAAGUUACAGCUGCAAGAUGGCUGGUACUGAAAAAGCUUUUUACAAGCGGUUUACUGCUGCUGGAGAAACCACUCACGACCUUCAAGCAUUGUCACCACCAGAAGGUGUCACAUACAGCCACAGUCUAUCAGGAGAUGAAGAUGGAGUACUGUGUGAUACUAUUUCCAGGAAAACAUUAUUUUACUUGAUUGCAACUCUUAAUGCUGCUUUUCCAGACUAUGAUUUUUCUAUGGCAAAGAGCAGUGAGUUUAGUGCUGAGCCUUCCCUCAGCUGGGUUCAAGGUGCAGUUGAUGCUGCCCUGUCAGCAGUGGGCGGGCUGCGGUGGAGGCAACUGCGACCUGCUCUAUGGGCUGCAGUGGAAGAAGAAGUCCUCCUUUCAGAGUGUCGCAUUUAUAGCUAUAACCCUGACUUAGCUAGUGAUCCUUUUGGAGAACCUGGCUGCCUAUGGGGGUUCAACUAUUUCUUUUACAAUCGAAAGUUAAAAAGGAUUGUUUUCCUGACAUGCAGAGCUAUGAGCCCUGUUUGUGCUGUUGAUUCUGGGGUAGACUUCGCUAUGGAUGAAGAUGAAGAAUAUAACUGAGUUUGACAAAACCCAUACUAUAAGGCUUCUUGUUUGAAAGUCUUAUCUUGAAAUUAUUUCAUCAUUAAGGAGGAUUCUGUUAAAGCACUAUAAUUUAAUCCAAUCUACUAGUGGGUAACUUUUAUGUUUAAAUAAUGUACUAUAUUAUUAAUAACAUGUCAAUAUAGUUACAUUUAAGAAAAAGUAUAAUAACUAGAUAAGUUUCAAAAAGAUUUUAGUAGGUCACUAGUAGAACAGAUAGCUGUUUGUUAUGUAAUAAGGCCCGGUUUCCACCAAAGCGGAAUAGAGAAGUGUCAGGCCGUCAAAUCUUUCUAUGCGGCGGCGCGGCGCGGGGACGAAAGAAGUGGAAAUAAUGAAAUCUGAUUGAUUAUUCAACACACUUCUCUGCUCCACUCUGCUUUGGUAGAAAUGGGGCUAAGUUAGUUUUAGCACUCUACAGUUACUUUAAAUGUCAGUGAUUUUUUAACUUUAUGUAAAAAGCUAUACUAUUACAUAAUUUCGAAUAAAUGUAUGUAUAAACUAACAGCCAUUAUUAAUGAUAUCUUGAUUCACUGUUAUCUUUAAGCUUCUUAUUAUUUUAUUUUGCUAUAUUAUAAGAAAUACAGUCAGCAGCAAAAAAUAUGUCUCAGCCUUUAUCGUCGAUGUUAUAGCUAUUGUGGCACACGCACAUUGUAAAGAAGCUAUGUUUUUGUAUAGAAACCAAAAAUAUACUUACAACAUAAUAGAAAAAAAAGCAAAGAAUUUUGAAUUAAUGUAAUUAAAUUACUAUUGCUUGUAACAUAUUUUUUUGUCAUAGCCAAAAUUAAUUUACAAAUUCUUCAAAUGAUAAUGCAUAAAUAAAAUAAACACAGGUACAUAAUAAGUACUUUUAUUAUUGAAGGAUAAGUUAGGCCGCAUUUCUUACCACUGACUGUAACAUGUUUCAUUGCUUGAUCACAACAGUAGAAACUUGGUACUAACUUUAUUAUUUUAUUGAACUUGCAUUAGAUUAGUUAAGUGUUCGUCCAGUGAUGCUAUUUGUACUCGCAAGAGCUUACAGACGUGCGACAUUAUAUCGGCGACUGCUUGUGAUAGUCGUAGGCGACUGUCGGCGACAGUCUCUGACUCGCGCCUUUCGCUCUCAUGGCAUGUCGAUACUCACUAUACGUGUCAAUUUCAUAUAUCGAGGCAUGUAUGAGGGUAAUAAAUUAAUAUUAAUGGCGAUGUUAUCUUUGAGGUGAAGUUUCGCGAGGCAAUUAUACUACGCGGAUUUUAAAUCUCGGAAUAUGCGAGGCUUAGGUUAGCAAUAAAAGCAGAAGUUGACUUCCGCAAGCUGUCAGCACUGUAAAUCACAGCUAUUUACGCAAUGGUAAACAAACAGUUUGCAACAGCAGGAAGUCAACUUCUGCAAGUUUUAAUGCUAGUCUAAACCUCGUUUUAGCGACUACCCAGUCUUCGGGAGUCGCGAUGCAUCGGGGACCAUCGUCCAAUUUGAAUAUCUGCCGUCGACGAUAAUCACCGAUAUACUGUCACUCGUCUGUGAGCUCCCUUGGGUCUUGACUCUUGACCUAGCACUAAGCGACAUGAUUUAUGUGAUCACUUAGUUUUAUGUACUGGUUAAAAUAUUUCAUAAAUGUAUGUCACGACUGUAAAACUAACCGCCUAAUACCCGCAGUGGGCGCAACUCGAAAUCUCAUUUUCUCUUUGUCAUGCUAACAGUCAAAACUUAGUCAAAAAGAUUUCCCGCCUCUUCAGGUUGUUAGUUUGGGUUCUAUGUUCCGUAGGUACUCUUGACGGCUUGUAUAGCUUGCUAGAACAACCCAAUACGUAAACAUUUGCAAAUUUUAUUCCACUGCUUCACUGACAAACAAAUAUUUGCCUGAUAUAUGGACACCCAAUAUGAAAUGUUUCUAUCACCAUCAGCACUAAAAUAGAAUAUGCUAAAUGUAAAAUAAAAUAUUGUCUACUUA